AUGAGCUUUUUCGGAUUCGGACAGACUGCGGAUAUUGAAAUUGUAUUUGAUGAUGCUGACAAACGAAAGGUUGCCGAAGUGAAAACGGACGAUGGGAAAAAGGAGAAGUUAUUGCUUUAUUACGAUGGGGAAACCGUGUCUGGCAGAGUAAACGUAACUCUUCGGAAACCGGGGUCGAAACUUGAACAUCAAGGAAUCAAGGUCGAACUCAUAGGUCAGAUUGAGUUAUUUUACGAUAGAGGUAAUCACCAUGAGUUUAUAUCUUUGGUAAAAGAACUAGCUCGUCCUGGUGAUCUGCUACAGCAUACUUCGUAUCCAUUUGAGUUCGCGAAUGUUGAAAAGCCGUAUGAAGUGUAUACGGGUGCAAAUGUCAGAUUAAGGUAUUUCUUGAGAGCCACGAUCGUGCGCCGCCUCACUGACGUAGUAAAAGAGGUGGAUAUCGCGGUUCAUACGUUAUGCAGUUACCCGGAUGUGUUAAAUUCGAUAAAAAUGGAAGUAGGCAUAGAAGACUGCCUACACAUAGAGUUUGAGUAUAAUAAAUCAAAAUAUCAUCUGAAAGAUGUAAUCGUCGGUAAAAUUUACUUUUUACUCGUAAGGAUUAAAAUCAAACACAUGGAAAUAUCUAUAAUAAAGAGAGAAACUACAGGUUCUGGGCCUAACACAUUCACAGAAAAUGAAACUGUUGCAAAAUAUGAAAUCAUGGAUGGCGCUCCAGUUAGAGGAGAAAGCAUCCCCAUUAGAGUUUUCUUGGCAGGCUAUGACCUAACACCGACUAUGAGAGAUAUAAACAAUAAGUUUUCAGUACGUUAUUACCUAAAUUUAGUGUUAAUGGAUACAGAGGAUCGCCGCUACUUCAAACAACAGGAAGUUACACUAUGGAGAAAGAGUGACAAGUCUAGGCUACCAUUGCAUAAUGCACAUGUUCCUCAGACUUUAUCUCAUCCAAGUCAACAGAUGCCAAGGCAGUUGAGUGUUUCAAGUGAAGAUAAUUCCCACAGUGUCUCUACAAAUGUGUCUUCUAAUCCCAAUUUAAUGCAAAGAUCUAUCUCACCGUCAAUGUCUGACGGUGAUAAACCGAAUGGACCUUCAGAAAUGGAACAAGAAAAACCUGAUGUGAUAACAAAUAAACUAUCAAAUGCACACAUUGAAAAUAAUGAUCAAGAAGAAGGAAAUGAACCUGUAGAACAACCGAUAUCAGAAGAGAAACCUUUGAUAGCAGAGAAACCUAAAAUAUCAGAGAAGCCACAAAUAACAGAGAAACCACAAAUAACAGAGAAGCCAGUAAUUGCAGGUAAACCAGUACUAAACCGACCAGAAAGUGAAGCUACUCCAAGUCAAUAG